AUGGUGACGGCGAUGUUGUCGAAUUAUCAGCACGACGACAUGAGCUUGUUCGGCGCCGUCGGCGAGUUGGGAGUCCACCACGGUCGGUUCACGAGCUGCUUAUUUAUCACCGCAGACGCGAGCGAGGCGCUAGUGGCGGUGGAUGUCUUUGAAAAGCAAAAUUUGAACGUCGACGGCAGCGGUCAUGGCAGUUAUCAUCGAUUCAUGCAAGCCAUGUCGCACCUCGGGCUGCGAUUCCGCGACUUUGCGCUUUUACACAAAGGAUCGACGACAGAUCUCGCGACGGAUUGGCUUUCGAAGCACCACAUCGAUCCAUUCCGCUUAGUAUCGGUCGAUGCCGGACAUACGGCGGAGUUAACGUUUCGAGACUUGGGCGCGGUGGCGUGUAAUUUGGCGCCCGGCGGCGUCAUCGUCGUGGACGAUUUUUUCCACCCGCACUGGACCGGCGUGACCGAAGGCUUGUUCCAAUACCUCACGCGUGGUGCUGUGCGUCUCUACCCCUUCCUCGUCUGCGCUGGGAAGGUUUAUCUCACGAACGACGCGUCGGCGCACGAGGCGUACGCGCGUCGUCUCCAAUCCGACGCCGCCGUGGGCGAAUUCUUCAAAUCCGACAGCGCUGAGUUUCACGGUUCGACGUACCACGAAAUGGCGGGCGUUCACUUCCUCAACUGUCCCAACGUCGAUCGCGCGCGCGUCACCGCGCGUUGGCUCGACGAGAUACGUUAG